CACAACUCCCUCCGUUUCCGGACGCUAGGAUCGAGCGCACAGCUGCCGCCGAAUUUAAAGAGACAUACAUCAUUUGUUUAAAUAAUACGACCAUUGGAGAAAAAAAAUUACAUGCAUUGUUUCUGGUUCUCUUCGCGGGUAUCGAUGGGGACUCGUUAUUGAUCCGAACGCUUGACGGUGUAGUUUUAGCAGGGAUUGAGAGGUCUGAACACACUUGCGGGCUUGAGCUGGAAGUCUAUACUGGAGUAACUGGGUGGCCGUCGGUAAAGUAGACCGGACUUGUGGGGAGAAGAGAGCUGGGUGGCCCCCCGAUACGAACUGAUUUUUGUACGCCAGAACAACCUGCAAACACGGAGGGACGGUAAAAUCAUCGUGGCUUCGGUGGCUGUUGGUGGGGAAGGAAACGCACCAUGGCGAAAAUUCAGGCUCGCAGUAGCACUGCGAAGCAAAUCAACCAGAUCCAAGACAAGGCCUAUGUGGUUCAGAAGCAAGUCCAGCAGCAGCACUUUCAGAAACUAAAGGUGGAGGAUGCCUUAUCUUACUUGGACCAAGUCAAAAUACGGUUCGGAAAUGACCCGGGAAUAUACAAUAAGUUUCUGGACAUCAUGAAAGAGUUUAAAUCUCAAAGCAUUGACACACCAGGAGUUAUCAACAGAGUUUCUCAACUCUUCCAUGGGCAUCCAGACCUUGUCCUGGGGUUUAACGCCUUUCUACCGCCUGGUUAUCGGAUCGAAAUUCCCAAGAAUGGAAUGGCAUUUCUCCAGUCCCCGUUGUCCUCCCAGGUAGGACUUGAGGUCUCUCCAGGCCCAGGAAGGAGCACGGGUAGCUCUGUGGUUAGUGCCUCUUCAUCAGCAGUGGCUGAAGCAGGACCAGCUCCGAAUGAAGCCGUAACCUCUCCAGAGAGCAUCGCUUCCUCAUCUGGACCUCCCGAACAGUCAAGCAGGUUGUCGCUUCCUCUGCCCAGCCGAGAGAGCCAAUCACAGCCGGCCACCACGUCCGUGUCCCCUCCCACAUCAGAGCCCAGUCCUGUGGAGUUUGAUAGUGCUAUCAGUUACGUCAAUAAGAUCAAAAACCGAUUUUUGGACAACCCAGAAACCUACCGGGCCUUUCUGGAAAUUCUACAUACAUACCAGAAGGAGCAACUGGAGGUGAAGGAGAGCAGAGGACGUAGCACUGGAGGAAUGACAGAAGAUGAGGUUUUCUCUAAAGUGGCAAGCCUUUUCAAAGGUCAAGAGGAUCUGCUUGCAGAGUUUGGCCAGUUUUUGCCGGAUGCAAAGAGAUCUCUGUUUACUGGAGGUUCUUUGCCUGGCAAAGACAGUCUGAAGAAAACAGAUGAAGAAGAAAUGAACAAACAGAGCAAGAAGAGACCUAGACCCAUGUUACUGCCCCACAUGACCCCUCUUCUGAAGAAAAAAAUGAAGUAUUCCUGCUCUAAGGACCCAUCUUUUGCCUCUGUCGGAAAGCAUGGAGUUUUACGGGAAUUCACGUUCUUUGACAAGGUUCGCCGUCUGCUCAAGAGUCAGGAGGUGUACGAGAAUUUCUUACGCUGUAUAGCGCUGUUCAAUCAGGAAGUGGUUUCAGGGGCCGAACUCCUGCAGCUUGUGACUCCAUUCUUGGGGAAGUUUCCAGAACUGUACACCCAGUUUAAGUCAUUUUUGGGUGAUAAAGAGCUGUCUCAUGCCGUCACGGGCCUCUCUGACCGCUACAUGGAGGGUGGAGGCAGAGAAGUGGAUUACGCCUCCUGUAAACGCCUGGGGUCCAGCUACAGAGCCCUGCCCAAGACCUACCAGCAGCCCAAAUGCAGUGGCCGAACUGCUAUAUGCAAAGAGGUGCUGAAUGAUACCUGGGUCUCAUUCCCUUCCUGGUCAGAAGACUCCACUUUUGUGAGUUCCAAGAAAACACCAUAUGAAGAGCAGCUUCAUCGCUGUGAGGAUGAGAGGUUUGAGCUGGAUGUUGUGCUUGAGACUAAUUUGGCAACGAUAAGAGUUUUGGAAAGCGUGCAGAAGAAAUUAUCCCGCCUUUCGCCGGAGGAUCAAGAGCGCUUCCGUUUGGAUGACUGUCUCGGAGGAACUUCUGAGGUCAUCCAGCGUCGUGCAAUCUAUCGUAUCUACGGCGACAAGGCACCAGAAAUCAUAGAGGGGUUGAAGAGGAGUCCAGCCACUGCAGUUCCUGUCGUACUCAAAAGAUUGAAAGCUAAAGAAGAGGAGUGGAGGGAGGCCCAGCAGGGCUUCAACAAAAUCUGGAGAGAGCAAUAUGAGAAGGCGUAUCUGAAAUCACUGGAUCACCAGGGUGUCAACUUUAAACAGAACGACAUGAAGGCUCUUCGAUCCAAGAGUCUUCUCAAUGAAAUAGAGAGCAUCUAUGACGAGAGGCAGGAGCAGAGCACAGAAGAGGGUGGUGUGGGCCAGCAAGGUCGUGAUGGCUCAGGCACAAAUUCGACCAGCGAACCUCACAUGAUCUUCACUUACGAAGACAAGCAGAUCCUGGAGGAUGCUGCUUCCCUCAUCAUCUACCAUGUCAAGCGGCAACCCACCAUCCACAAGGACGACAAGGACCACAUCAAGCGUAUCAUCCAGCACUUUGUCCCCGACCUCUUUUUCGCCCGUCGUGGAGAGCUUAGUGAGACAGAGGAGUUCACAGACGAGGAAGCCGAGGGUGAGGAUGGUACCGCCGCAGGAGGCGGUGUCUCAACAACAGGCGGUCAGCAACAGCUGAAUGGUGAUUCCAGAAGAAGACGAUGCACUUCCCCUCAGAGCCUGGACACCUCUACGGUCGCCCACAGUAUGAAUCCAGAAGGGGAGGCGGUGGAUCUGCGGGACCCAGAGGCCGAGCACCAGAAGGAGCUGGAUGGAGUCUACAACCUGUUCUUCGUCAAUAAUAACUGGUACUUCUUCCUGCGGCUGCACCAGACUCUGUGCUCACGACUGCUAAAGGUUUACAGGCAGGCUGAGAGACAGUUACUGGAACACAGGGCGGAGCAGAAUCGGGAACGGCUGCUCAUGGGAGAGGGGCGCAGAGAAAAGGCAAACGACCUGGCCAUGGAGCUACGUCUAAAACAGCCCAGUGAAGUAGAGUUAGAGGAGUAUUACCCAGCGUUCUUAGACAUGGUACGCAGUCUUCUGGAUGGAAACCUGGAGUCCACUCAGUACGAGGAUACCCUGAGAGAGAUGUUCACUAUCCAUGCAUACAUCGGAUUUACCGUCGACAAGCUCAUUCAGAACAUCGUAAGACAGCUUCAGCACUUGGUCAGUGAUGAGGUGUGUCUUCAAGUCACUGAGCUGUACCUGGCCGAGAGGAAGAGGGGUGCUGCUGGUGGCAAUCUCUCGUCCCAGUGUGUCCGUGCCGCUUGGGAGGCCAGCUACCAGUGGAAGGCUGAGAGAGUCAUGGCUGAGGAGAACUGCUUUAAGGUCAUGUUCAUUCAAAACAAAGGUCAGGUGACCUUAACGAUCGAGUUGCUGGACACGGAGGAGGCCCAAGGCGACGACCCUCUGGAUGUUCAGAACCUGUCUAAUUAUAUGGAGCAGUAUAUAGGAACUGAGUCUGUAUGCUCUCAGACAGAAGGAUACUACUUCAAGCCUGUGUUUCUACCCAGGAAUCUGAGGCAUUUCCGUGGCUGGCAGCUCAAGCAGGUGGAAGCCAUGCGCUGCCGGAGAGAGUGGCAUCGGAAGAUGGGUGUGGAGACAGCCGGGAACCUGGACUGCCGUUUCAAACUAAACACGCACAAGAUGGUGUUUGUGAUGAACUCUGAAGACUACAUGUACCGCCGAGGGGCCCUGGUGAAGGCUCGGAGGUCUCAGCACAGAGUAGCACGGGCCCAGCACGAGCGCUUCGAUCAGUGGCACCGGGGUUGGUUGAGCGAGCACGUGUCCUCCAGCGCCGAGCGCAGCGUUCAGGACUGGCUCAUGGGAGAAGAGGACGAGGACAUGAUCCCCUGCAAGACCACCUGCGUCUCCAUGCAGGUCAAAGGCUUACAUGUCAACAGGUACCAGGUGCACUACAACAGCAAGGCCCCCGCCUCACCGUAACAGCCUCAGGCCUUGGGAUGGAUUUCGGUGGUCUUUCUCUCUCUCUUUUCUCUCUUUGUCUCUUUCUCGCUCACUCUUUCAAAUGGCCAAGCUUAAAGACGCUUGGCUGAAACACGGCGAACAGACAGGAGUGGUUUGAGGACAGACAGCUGCUCAAAGGAGGGAAUGCCUCAUUGAAAAGCAUCACAUCUCGACACUAGUCCAUCAUGAUCGAUGCAGUUACCAGACGUUUCAGAAAUGUGAAUGUCAUUUUUUUGUUUUGUUUUUGUUUUUUUUUUUUUUUUUUAAGAAAGUCCAUUGUAGUUUUUAGCUCCUGAAACAAGAGUUUUGUUUUGUUUAUACUGAAGUAUUGAGAGACUAGGUUUAAAGUAUGUCUACAACAUCUGUAUGUCUUUUUGUACAGUAAAGUCGACUCAAGAGCUCGAGCAAUUGCAUAUAUACAGCAGAAAGAUUAUUCUGUGUGCAUUUUCUUGGCUAUGAAUGAUGACUUGGAAAAAUUAAGUUCCUCUGGCGCACACUGGCAUCUUAUCCGUAAUGUCCUUGUUUUAGUUCUGUUUUGUGUUCUUUGUUUUCAUCGUCUCUUAUAACUGAACAGAGGAUCGCCAGUGUCGCCCGUCAAUCACUGCUCAUGAUUUAUAGUCGAUUUUGUUAAACAUCCAGAUCAUGUAUCAUAUCGAUCUCGCCAAAUCCUUGCUUUUGUUUGGUGUAAUUUUUACAUAUUAAAACAGAAAAAUGACAAAAUAUCAGUGUUUUGAAAAAAGAAUGUAUAACAUUUAUCCUGUAUCAGUUAUCACAAAAUAAACAACCUAGUUGUGCAGUUCUUAAA